CGCCCUAAAAUCGUUGUGGAAUUUCACCUUCCACGAGUUACAACGUUAGAAGUGCGAGUGUUGGAUUGGGGGCAGCCUCUGGCCGCCAGGGGGCGACAUACGUCGUCGUUUGCCUGUCAGGUCACUUGUGGACACAGCGCCGUUGCGGACUUGCUUUUUAUACCGGCGGCGCCGCCGCUGCUGCUCUCCCUCAGUGCUUCUGUUGCUUUCUACUUCUGACUUUUGUUGUGCUUUGAAACUGGGAUGAAAGUGGAGAUCUGCAGAGUGUGUGGGAUGACACAGUGAUGCGUGGAGUAAGAUGCUUCAUAUAUUCUUUUUUUUUUUGUUUUUAACGGUCUUCGAGAUAAAAAAAGAAAACAAUAACUGGUGAUCGCAUAAAAAAUGAGAAGAUGCCUCAGUGUGCCGAUUGGGAAGGAGACAAACAAAUGGACUCGGGCAUCCAAUCCGCCGAAAAUCUAAUAUGAAGACUUAGGCUUACUUCAGAAAAAAAAGUGCCUGUAACGCGACGAAAAACUGAACCAUGGCCAGAAACACCUCACUUUAUUUCAGGAUCGUGGAAGGAAGGAACCUGCCCGCAAAAGACGUGUCUGGUGCAAGUGAUCCAUACUGCAUAGUAAAAGUGGAUAAUGAAGUUGUGGCCAGGACUGCUACAGUAUGGAGAAAUCUGAAUCCUUUUUGGGGAGAGGAGUAUACUCUUCACCUACCUAUGGGCUUUCACACUGUUUCUUUUUAUGUUAUGGAUGAAGAUACAAUCGGGCAUGAUGAUGUUAUUGGGAAGAUCUCUUUAAGUAAAGAAGUGAUUGGAGCUCAAUCAAAAGGGCUAGACAGUUGGAUGAACCUGACACGCAUAGACCCUGAUGAGGAGAUUCAAGGGGAGAUACACUUAGGUUUAGAGCUGGUCCAGGAUGGGAUAAGAGCAGGACUUCACUGUCAUAUUAUUGAAGCAAGGGAUUUGGCUCCACGAGACAUCUCUGGCACCUCUGACCCAUUUGUUAGGAUUAUGUUCAAUAGUCAGACGGCUGAAACAUCGAUCAUCAAAAAAACUCGUUUUCCUCAUUGGGAUGAGGUACUCCAAUUUGAGCUGAAUGACACAAAAUUGCAAGAUGGGCAAAGUCUUGCUCUUGAGGUGUGGGACUGGGAUAUGGUUGGCAAAAAUGACUUCCUGGGAAAGGUGGAAAUCCCUUUAGACUGCUUGCAGAAAGCUUCUCAAGUCAAAGCUUGGUUUCGACUGCUACCAUUGGGAAAGACGGAAGAUGAUGCUGGGGGGAAACUAGGUGCCCUAAGGUUGAAAAUCCGUCUUGUUGAGGACCGGAUUUUGCCAUCCAUGUAUUACCAACCUCUUAUUGAUCUUCUAAUUGAAUCUGUCACCUCUCCUGCAGAGGUGGAUGACACAACCCCAUUGACAAUGCUGGAAGAGGUGACCACAGUGGAGAGUCGGCAGGAGGUGGCCAUUACUUUGGUGAAGAUUUUCCUUGGCCAAGGAUUGGUGAUUCCCUUCCUGGAUUAUCUGAACAUGAAAGAGGUCAACCAAACAUCGGAUCCUAAUACUCUAUUCAGAUCCAACUCUCUUGCUUCAAAGGCUAUGGAACAGUUUAUGAAGGCAGUUGGAAUGCUUUACCUCCAUGAGGUAUUAAAGCCAAUUGUGAAUAGAAUCUUUGAGGAGAAGAAAUACAUUGAAUUGGACCCAUGUAAGAUGGAACUGAACCGUACCAGGCGUAUAUCCUUUAAGGGGUCCGUCUCUGAGGAGGAAGUUCGAGAAAGCAGCUUGGAGCUGUUGCACAUGUAUAUGUCUGACACCAUGGACUCCAUUGUAAACUCUGUUCCUCAGUGUCCCCCAGUUAUGAGGGUGGCCUUCAAGCAGCUGCACAAGAGAGUAGAGGAGCAGUUUCCUGAACCCGAAAAUGAGGAUGUGAAGUACUUGGCCAUCAGCGGCUUUCUCUUCCUGCGUUUUUUUGCUCCAGCCAUUCUUACACCGAAGUUGUUUAAUCUGCGGGAUAACCAUGCAGACACCCGGACAAGUCGAACCUUACUGUUACUCGCCAAGGCUGUGCAAAGCAUUGGUAACCUUGGUUUACAGCUUGGACAUGGUAAGGAGCAAUGGAUGGCACCUCUGCAUCCUUUCAUCCUUCAGAGUGUUGGUUGUGUGAAAGACUUCCUCGACAAGCUUAUCGACAUUGACAACGAUAGUGUGGCUGAAGCCCAUCACCGUGCUAUCUUCCUUCCUUCUGUGACAGUCAAAGAAGGCUACCUGCAAAAGCACAAAGCUGAGGGACAACAGCUGCUGCCUCGCUUUGCUUUCAAGAAGCGCUACUUCUGGCUCAGUAGCGAGACGUUGUCCUAUGCCAAGUCACCUGAGUGGCAGGUCCGUUCAUCAAUUCCAAUCCAGCGAAUUUGUGCAGUUGAGAGAGUGGAUGAAACAGCUUUCCAAAUGCAACAUAUGAUGCAGGUGAUUACACAAGACAAUGAUGGACAGCCUCAUACCAUGUACAUCCAGUGUAAGAAUGUGAAUGAGCUGAACCAGUGGCUAUCUGCCAUCAGAAAAGCCAGUAUCUACAAUGAGAGGAUGCUGCCAGCUUUCCACCCUGGAGCCUACAAAAGCGGCAAGUGGUCCUGCUGUCUGCAAACUGAAAGGACAGUUCUAGGAUGUAGCAGAACACACUCUGCAGUGACACUUGGUGAUUGGAGUGACCCACUGGACCCAGAUGCUGAAACACAGACCAUUUAUAAACAGUUACUUCAGGGCCGUGACAAACUAAGAAAGAAAUAUUUGGAGUCAGCCGAUGCGGAGACGGCGAUGGAUCAGAAGGAGAAGCAGCAAGGCAGCGGCUCACAGACAGAUGACAUGAAGAAGAGCCGCAGCUUCUAUGAGAGGAGGAUGGCAGCAGCGGCGAGGCUUCUCGAUGUGGUUCAAGACCUAGAGCGGGCUCACCUGGCCUUUGAACGCAGGGAGAAAGAUGAAGCCUCCAACGACAUCCUUCCUCCUUAGGUUCUCCUCACAGUCACCCACCAAGGGGCAGGGAACGCCCAACACAAGGACUGACCCAGCAGCCGUCUUUGUUGCGUUUUGCUUUGGUGCUCACACGGGGCCCAUCUGUAUAGCAACGCACCACUGGCAUGUGUCUCCCAAAGGUGGGGGGUCUUGUGAUAUCUGCUAGUACAAGAACUGCUUAUGGCAGGCUGGGGGGGGGGGGGGGGCGGUGGGUGUUUGAAGUGCCGAAGAAUGGCUGUGAUUUUAGGAUGAACACAAUCCUUAUGAGCUGCUGACUUAACGCCAUUCUGAGUGCAAAGCUUUGCAAGCCAAUUUGUUGGCACCAUGGGUGACUUGACAGAACUCUGCCCGUCGAGGUGGAGAAGCUCUUCAGCCUUCACCAUGUGGACCACAAACCUCACACCACACAAUGGAGGACGGUGUUGUGUGUCUUUGUUACACAAGGAAGCAGAGGCUGGAUACCUCAAGGAAACGGGAGGAGACGAAAACCUCGGACUUUGGACCUGAAUUCUCAUUUUGUUCUGCUGUGCCUCGCUUCCUCGGGCAGCCAGAGUCCGCAGGCUCAGUGUUAACAAACCCACCUGCUUGCUUUUUACUACUAGAAAGGCUGCCAAGGCCCAGCAUGGCCCAGUUUGUGCUGUACAACCGCCGCCAAGAGGAGCGAUGGUGGAACACGUAAGUCUGCCAAGGAGCCCAGAAACGCGUCUGCCCGACCCACCAUUCAGCAUGAACACAAUCGAGUCUCCGGUAGGUGGGACUCCAUCCCCUUUUAAUGAGAUGGCAUACUUGCCCUCGGUUUGCUUAUAAGCGUUACUGCAAAUGCUUGGUCUGCUGGCGAUGAUCCUCUUUGUAAAGCCAAGUCACAUUUCAUAAACCCAAAGCUCACACCACUGCACUCAACACUCCAGGAGCAGGCCACCAGCAGAAGGAGAUUUAGGAUCCAAACAACUCAAAAGACAACGGCACCUCUGGGGAGGACACAAAGCCUCUUUGACGUUUGUAUACAAAAGGAACGAGAAACCGCUACUUGGCUUCCAUCUGAGAUGCUGUUAAUGCCCAGCAUGUGCCAGCACUGCACGACAUCACUGGUGGGCCCGACCGAACAGCAUGCGUUUAUGAACAGGACCAGAGCACGCGGGCAACCUUAUCAAUGCCAAAUGGAAGGACAGUGUGAGGAUGCCAAUAAGGGGCAACAGGUGGGCCGAAGUGAGGUCAUUCUGAGAGGACAUAGCCAGCCAUGGUUAAGAUGCCUACACACUGAACUACAAGGCCCGUACAGAACAACAUGAUGGCCUGGUGGUAUCCAAGGACCCCAUUACCAUCUCGCCUCACAUUCCCCCCACAAACCCACGACAGGCUUUGGUUCGCCUUCUUGCAGUCGCCACACACAAAGCUGGGAAACACAUUUCAGUUUAGCUCCACCAUGGCUGUGGAGAGUUUAUUAAUUUAAGUUAAUAUUGGCCACCAGAACAUCAGGGCUAGUCCUCACCUUUUCAAAACCCAUGUCAGCUCUUGGUGCCCAGCAGAUGGCACAGCGGGCAGCCUUACCUGCCACCCCAGCAUGUUGUGUUUUUGUGCAGUUAGACCCCAGAAGGUUGGCGUGCAGGACUCCUCACAGAGCAGCUUCACCUGAGGGGUCUUUAUACUCCUUGCAUGCGCUUGAAUUCAACUUCCUCACAUCAAUGGGUCCGGCGACUCGUGUGUGUGUGGGGCGGCACAGGCGGUAGGAGAGACCUUCGCGUGCCAGUGUGACCACACUGUCCCUCGGGCACUCCACAGUGGAGAGAGAGAGACGCACUCUUGCCGUCGACUCCCUGUGAUCCUCCCUUUGCUUUACUGCACACUUAAAACACUAAAAGAUUUUUCAAGUGAAAGGCGCAAUGGCCAAAAUACACGUCAGUAUGCAAGACAGGCGACUUGUGAUGUGCUCGUGUCUGCGUUUACAUUCGGGGUGCCACUUUACUGGCAUGUUAAAGGAGGGCAUUUCUGCCAAAUGUCUUUUGCCAAAAAGUAUUUCUAUAAAUGUACACAACACCGUGAUGCCCGGCGCUUACUGUAUGCCUUGAUAUAAAAGCAGAAUAAACCCGUCUGUGUGACAAAGUGC